AAAAGCACCCCUAUUUCAUUCCGCCCCCUCCUCUCCGAUCGCUUCUGUGCUCGACUUCUCUUCUCUUCGAACCCUCCUCCUUGGCCCCCCAAUUCGAUCGAUUCUUGCCCAUCUCGAUCCGAUCGCUUCCCCUUCCCUUCGCCUCUACCUCCCCGAUUCAAUCCCCCGGCGCUCCGCAUGGCGGAAGACGAGGACUGCCCGUCGUCGAGCGAUGUGGAGGAAGACGAUUGCUACAUCACUGACCAGGAAGACGCCAUCGAGGAGAACGUCCUCCAGGGUCUCGAGGACGGGCGCGAAGAGGACUGCCACUGGUCGCUCUCCUCGUUUGUUCUUCCCAUGUCGCAGGUUAUCACAAAAGAGUCUCUCUUGGCAGCUCAGAAGGAGGAUCUGCGAAAGGUGAUGGAGUUGUUGGUGCUGAAAGAGCAGCAUGCGAGGACCCUGUUGAUUCAUUACCGCUGGGAUGUCGAGAGAAUCUUUGAACUGCUCGAUCAGAAGGGAAGGGAGCGAUUGUUCUCAGAAGCAGGAGUGACGAUUGUCGAGAACAAAGGCUUGUCUGCUUCAUCGAGUUCAGGCACGUGUAAUGUCUGUUUCGAGAGCUUUCCUCCAGGUGCAGUCACUGAGAUGGACUGUGGGCACAGUUUCUGCAAUGAUUGUUGGACAGAGCAUUUUAUUGUCAAGAUAAAUGACGGGCAGAGUCGUCGCAUUAGGUGCAUGGCACCCAAGUGCAGUGCUGUUUGUGAUGAGGCAGUUAUAAGGAAUUUGGUCAGUGCAAAACAUCCAGAUAUUGCUGAUCGUUUUGAUCGAUUCCUACUUGAAUCAUAUAUUGAAGACAACAAUAAGGUGAAGUGGUGCCCCAGCGUUCCACAUUGUGGAAAUGCAAUACGUGUUGAGGGUGAUAUUUAUUGUGAGGUUGAAUGUACUUGUGGGAUACAAUUUUGUUUCAGUUGCUUAUCAGAAGCACACUCACCUUGUUCAUGCUUGAUGUGGGAGCUAUGGACCAAGAAAUGCCAGGAUGAAUCAGAAACUGUUAAUUGGAUAACAGUGAACACAAAACCCUGCCCAAAAUGUCACAAACCAGUUGAAAAGAAUGGUGGCUGUAACCUAGUUGCAUGUAUAUGUGGGCAAGCUUUCUGUUGGUUAUGUGGUGGCGCUACUGGAAGAGAUCAUACAUGGUCUAGCAUCAGUGGUCACAGUUGUGGUCGCUUCAAAGACGACCAAGCAAAGAGGACCGAGCGUGCAAGACGUGACCUUUACCGUUAUAUGCACUAUCAUAAUCGGUACAAGGCUCAUACAGAUUCUCUCAAGCAGGAAAGCAAUCUCAAGGAAACCAUUCAGGGAAAGAUUUCCAUUUCAGAGAACAAGGAAUCCAAAAUCAAAGAUUACACUUGGGUGAUAAAUGGAUUGAAUAGGCUCUUCAGAUCAAGACGUGUUUUGUCAUAUUCGUAUCCAUUUGCGUUCUACAUGUUUGGGGAUGAACUCUUUAAGGAUGAGAUGACACCACAGGAAAGAGACAUGAAACAGAACUUAUUUGAGGACCAGCAGCAACAGCUAGAGGCUAAUGUGGAGAAACUCUCUAUGUUUCUGGAGAAAGAUUUUCAGCACUUUUCAGAUGAUGAGGUCAUGGACAUUAUGCGGCAUGUCAUCAAUCUGUCUAACGUUGUUGAUAGACUUUGCAAACAGAUGUACCAAUGCAUCGAGAAUGACUUAUUGUACCCCCUUCAACGUGCGACUCAUAAUAUCGCUCCUUAUAAAUCAAAAGGUCUUGAGAGGGCAUCAGAAUUAUCCGUGUGCUGGGAUUCUGACCAAAGUUUGACGAGCACGAAGACUAGUCAUGAUGACAACUCUGCGCAGUUGGGUUCAGCUCAUAAUGGAAUUGGGGUAGCAGUACCUAGCAAACAUGCUUCCUCAAGUUCGGACGAAAGUGGAUGUUCUUCUCGUAAGCGUGCCCGCACAGAGGCUCAAGGAGGUGCUCCUCUUUUUGAUCUGAACAUGCCAGCCGAGGUGAUUGACAAGAGCUGAUGCCGGAUCCCCGAGUAAGCAUCAUUUUUCAACUGUACAGUUUUAGCUUGAGAGCGAUCAUGACGACAGAAAAUAAUCUCGCUGCCAUUUCACGUACUCUUGGCCAUGUCUAGCAUAUUGAAGCUGAGAGUAUGGGCAAAUAGAAAAAAUACCGCUGUGUCUGUGUUUCACAUGCUAUUUGGGAUGAACUUCCUGUUCGCUGUGCAUAGGUUUGUGAAAGCCAUUCAUGCCAUGUAAACCAGUGGGGGGCACAUCUGAACUCUGCUUUUGCAUUUCUUUUUUCCUGUUUUCUUCUUCCUCUUUUAUCCCCCUCUGUAAGGAAUGAUGCCUACCAAUUUUGGACUUGUGCACAGGUUGUGAAGAAACUCCCCUAGUGGUGGAUUGGUGCUAUUGGGAAUUGGAACUGACCAUAUAGUAUUUAUGAUAUCAAAUUGCUGACUUGAUA